AUGCAUCGUCCAGCCGUCCGGACUCUAGGAAACGCCCUAGCUGGUGCCCGGCUGCGGCAGGGCGGCCGUCUGUACUCCACGGCCGCCCCCAAGCCCCGGCACCUGAUGUCCAUGGCGGACCUGGCCCCCGCCGAGCUCGCGGCCCUUGUCCGCUCCGCCGCCGCGCACAAGCGCGCCGUCAAGGCCGGCAGCACCCCCGCACAGCUGGCCGCCUCCCUCUCGGGCAAGACGGUGGCCAUGAUGUUCAGCAAGCGCAGCACCAGGACCCGCGUCUCCACCGAGGCCGCCGUCGCCCUGAUGGGCGGCCACCCCAUGUUCCUGGGCAAGGACGACAUCCAGCUUGGUGUGAACGAGUCGCUACUUGACACAUCGCGCGUCAUAUCCUCCAUGACCUCGUGCAUGGUCGCCCGCGUCGGCCCGCACUCGGACGUGGCGGGCCUGGCCGAGCACUCCAGCGUGCCCGUCAUCAACGCCCUGUCGGACGACUUCCACCCGCUGCAGGCCAUCGCCGACUUCCUGACCAUCCACUCGGCCUUCCCCUCGUCUGCCGGCGGGGAGGGCGGCGGCGGCCUCGGACUGGAGGGCGUCAAGAUCGCCUGGGUCGGCGACUCCAACAACGUGCUCUUCGACAUGGCCAUCGCUGGCGUCAAGCUCGGCGCCGACGUCGCGGUCGCCUCCCCGGCCGGCUACGGCAUCCCGGCCCCGAUGAGAAGCCUGAUCGAGUCUGCCGCCUCCUCCGCCCCCCACCCCGGAAAGCUCACUGAGACCCAGGUUCCGGAGGAGGCCAUCAAGGACGCCGACAUCCUGGUGACGGACACGUGGGUAUCCAUGGGCCAGGAGGCCGAGGCCGAGAAGCGACUCAAGGCCUUUGCCGGGUUCCAAAUCACAAACGACCUUGCGAAGCGCGGUGGCGCAAAGCCUGACUGGAAGUUCAUGCACUGUCUCCCACGCCACCCCGAGGAGGUCGCCGACGAGGUCUUCUACAACCCCAGAUCGCUGGUAUUUGAGGAAGCCGAAAACAGGCUAUGGGCCGCCGUAGCUGCCAUUGAAGCAUUUGUCGUCAACAAAGGCAAGAUCUUGUAAAACAUUCGAUUCGUGACAGGACAUGUGUUGGGAACAAUGGAUGCGCCACUCUGAAAUCGACGACAGGUAUGCCUCGUCUAAAAUAAUAUAGUCCUUGCCUGUUGGACAAUGUGUGGCAAUUUUGAACACCAUAUGAAGCAUAUGGGGAUUGAGCAGCGACCGGCUGCCUGGGCUGCUCGGCUAUCCUUAGCCUGCCUCGGAUAUCUCAAACAUCGCGCGAACUCGACAGCAUCGAGUCCAUAUAGAAAACAGAAAUGCAAACAAGACCCAGUCACCCUUCCUCUUAUACAAAUGAUACAACUUUGAAGAUCUUGAAGCCAACAUUUCCC